AUGUUGCUGACACGACUUCGAGCAGCCCCGGCUCUGAGGAGUCUUCAUGGUCACCGUCUUGUUUCGACAUUGUCAAAGAACCCGUUUAUUAAAGUCUUUCCCAAUGCUACCUUGGACAACCGUCAUAUUCUUACCUACCUGGAUGCUCAACCACCAUCUACAGAUCUUGCGAUAGGGACGUCGACAGAAAACCCGCCCACGCCGCAGUCAUUCUCCGAAAACCACAAAUUCCUCAAGAUUCUAUACGAUGUUCUUGCAGAGCACGCCGCUCAAGACCCUCUCCUCCAGAGCCAAGCGCAAGCGUUCGCGGGCCCAGGCGGCAUGACAUUUGGUGCCGGUGGAGGAGUCUUUCAUCAACAGACUUCAAAACGCUCCUCCCGAGGCAAACAUGCCGCCGAUUCUGGCGCUGGUGGCGCGAGUGCCCAAGGGGGAGCCGGAGGUGGUGGAGUGGGCGGUUACGUGCAUCUAUCGGACCUGCGAAAUCCACCAGACUUUGGGAGGAUAGCUUGGCCCGAGGACAUCAUGGGAAGUAUUGAAGUAGACGGUCAUGGGCAGAUUGUUGGAAAGUUCGAACCCAGUGGAACCUAUCGGAUUGUAACCAACGAGGGCAUUCUUGGCCUUAGUGACUUUCUGAGAAAUAAACUCAUUGACCGACUCAGGGAAGAAGAAAGGAAGAUCUAG